GUCCUGCAGGACCAGGAACAACGCCUGGAGUAAAAUUAAAUCCUGACGGCAGCAUAGAUACUAUAUAUCUUCCAACUUUCCCCAUUGGGCCAGGAAAUCCAGGAACUACACCAAUUACACUCACAGGCAAACCUAGUGGUGAAACAGGUGGUCCCAUUCAACUUGUUCCAGAAGGCCCGGGAUCAACCCCUGGUACAGUUACUGGACCAGACGGUAGUCCAAUCAAGAUUAUAUUCCCUAAGAGUGCGCAAUCAACUCCAGGAACUAUACCAGGACCAGGUGGUAAACCAAUAAAAAUAGGUCCUGCAGGACCAGGAACAACGCCUGGAGUAAAAUUAAAUCCUGACGGCAGCAUAGAUACUAUAUAUCUCCCAACUUUCCCCAUUGGACCUGGAACAACAGUUACAAGUUCGGGAUCCAAGGGACAAGGAGGAACGACUCCAGGAGAAUCGGGUGAGGCUCCCGGUCCUAGUACACCUUCACAAAUUACAGGACCUGGAGGAAGACCGAUUCAGUUGAUCCCACUGUCUCCAGGAAGCACACCAGGUGCAGUAACAGGUCCAGAUGGUC